AUGAACACUAUUAGUGCGAGUACUGGGUUCUCUCCUUUCCAGCUGCACCUUGGCCGUUCUCCACGAAUGCUGCCGCUCUUAUUGCCAGCUCUCACAACUAGUGACACGGAGGAAGGACGUGCACGCCUGCUACUCUCGCAACUUAGACACGACGUGAUGGAAGCGCAAGACAACUUACUCGCAGCAAAGGCCGCACAAGCAGCCAAUGUCAACAAAGGCCGUGCACCAGCACUCGUGCUACAAACCGGAGAUCGCGUGAUGCUCGCCACCAAGCACCGCCGACGUGAAUAUAUGCAGAAGGGCGACAAACGUGUCGCGAAG